UCACCAAAGUCUCCGCCUCGUCCUUCCCACCGGCGGCCGUGGGGAGCCAUGAGCCAUGGCUGCUGAGUGUGCUGAGGUAGACCAAUAGUAUUGAUCAUGUCUUUGCACUGAUGCAUGAGCAAAGAACAGAGAAUACCGCACUUGAGAAAGCCAGGAGGGCAGCGAGAUAGGCAGGGAACACUUAGGUGCUCCAUGUGGGCAAAGCGUCGAGCGCCGCCUCCUACCGGCACACCAGUCAAGCGCACGUACAAACCGGCGAGAGAGAUGGUGGCAUUUAUGGAUAGAGCAGGGGGAAGGACGAGCACCUUGCAAGUGGCAUGCACGAGGCUGGCCAGGGGACGCCGGGACGGUGGCUGGAGCUGAGCGAGUAGAGUACUUCGGGGAGGAAGCAUGACGCUGUGCGCAACCAGGGAGCAGCGGCGCGUGACAGAAUCCAGAAGAAGGCAAGGCUAGGCGCGUGGAUUCAAUGGUGGGCGAGCGCGGAAGGCACGGCGGCGGGGCGCGCCGGUGGCAGGAGGAGCUCGUCGCGGUUGCCAUGCCAUCGGUAGGAAAAUAUUUACAGAUAACCCCUCAAGAAUUUACAUAUACACCUCUAGAUUGGUUGUGAUUAAUAAUCGUGAUCCAAAUAUUUGCAUAUCAACCCCUAUACUUUAAAUAUUCCCUCUGAUUUGGAUCGCGAUUAUUCCGAAUAUUUACAAAUUGACCCCUGGUUUUGGUUGGAUCCUGCUCUCGCCGCCCUGUCCGUCCGCCGCCGGCCGCGGCUGCCGCCAUUCCGGUGGGAAUCACGAUGAACAAUACCCUGCUCUUCCUCCUGGAGCGAGCAAGCACGGAGGCGAGCCAGUCCGAGCAGCCGCAGGCAGCAGUGGCGACUCGAUGCUAGCUGUUGGUCCGCAGGCAGCAGGCACGGCUGUGCCCCCCGGCUGACGAGGGGCGGGCCGAAAGCUGAAUUGCCGGAAGUGCCAUGAGAAGCUACGGGGGACGAGACAGAGAUACCCAAGGGACACGACUACAUUCCACAUUGACAUCCUUUUCUGGGUUCCUGCAGCAGGUCGGAUUUCAUUUCUUUCUCAACUUCCUUCUUACAACUUUGGGGGUUGUCCGGGCCCAAAAAUCAGCCAUGUCAUGCGAGUCUGAUGAAGAACUUCUUUUAAGUCUUGAAGAAAUCAAGAAAAUAGCAGUGGUGCUAAUAUUGCCAUCAGAAACCGUGUGGUCGUGCUCCUGCAAGCAACAUGUUGAGGUCCAUGGCAGCCAAAUAAUUCCUGCUAGCAAUUGGAUGUUGUACUCUGAAUGCCUGAACCGGCCCAGCCGUCAUAUUAUUAGUCCAGCAUUGUGUGUAUGAUAUAUAUCAUUUCAAGGUUCUGCAACUGGUUUACCACCGGUGAGUUCAGUCUUCAAAGGAUACUUAGCACUAGUGCUAAUAUUGCCUAGUGUCAAUCCCUAGUGUCGUCAGAAGAUUGUUGGGAGUUUGCUGGAACGUUUCAGGGACUGCAAUCUGCCCUCAUUUCCGUAGUAUUGCAGAACUUCCUCAUAAGAUACAACUUAUAUCCAAGCUACUGAAAAUUUCCUUCUGCAUUUUGCUCAGGCAAAUACUGCUCGUUUGUAGAUUGUUACUGACUUCCACGAUUCUUGAAUGGUUGGAAAAAGAAAAACUGCCAUGCGUUUUGCAGUUGUGCUCUUCUGAAUCCGAGUAUGCAAUCUGCUGCCCUUUUCUUCUUUGCUCUUACUGAUCAAA